AUCAUGAUUUGCAUUACUGUAAAUUAAAUUUCUAAUAAAAAUCUAACUAAGACUUAUUAUGAAAUAUAUGUAUCCUAUUAGUAGAAAAUCAAUAAAUAAGUGAUGGAUAAUAAGAUUGAAAUAAUCAUACCUGAUUUAGCUCUACCAAAUGUAGGACUAUCAAUAAAAAAUGAUUAUAUAAAUACUGCAGGAACAAUACCUACUUAUUGGAAAAAUAGUGAUUCGAAUCCCUUUUGUUUAUCAUGAUAAAUGAAUGGUAGUAAGUACUAUUAAAUUGAUGUAGC